AUCCCUCCGAGAAAUUUCUCCCGCGCAAGAACCACCUCUUGCUCCAUACACCGGACUUUAGCACUCCAACUGCCAUAGUUCCUCGGCACUCGGUUAUCAAAUCGCACCUUUCCAUCCGCGCCCGGGGUGUUUCUGUCAUCAAGUGAACUGGAGAAUUCGAUUUCUCAAAUACAAAAUUACACUGAAACAAAAUAAUGGAGAUAAAUUUACUGCUGUGUGCAUGGAAAAAAGAAUAUUAAAGCAAAUAAAUAAAAAUAGUGGUGACAAAAGGAAAGAAAAGAUAUCAAAGAGAGUCGAAUGGUUUCGAUCGUGUCUCAUCCUCAUCGUCGAAGUCACGGAAUCCGGACUUCUUUCUUACGUGCCGGCGGUCUCCUGGCGCGGCUACGAAAGAGGAUCCGCAAAAGGAGCGGCGACUAAGUCAGUUGUGCUUUUUCGUCAGUUCCUUUCUCUGCUACUCUCUCCCAUCAACGAUUUACAUCAAGUUCGACCACUGGAUUUACAUCGACGCGCGUGUAAAAACCCAUUUCUACCAAUCGUCAGACUAGGGAGAGUCUUGGAGAGAUCAAAAGCGAUAUUGAUUGUCAUCGUAGCUACACACGUUCUCGUGGGUCAACCAAGACCAUGAUCGUAUCAUUGUUACUUCUAAUAAACAGCAAAAAACAACCAGCAAUUAUUCUUAAUCACAACUAGAACAAUUUGCUGAAGCAUACUGAGAUCUUGCUGGAUCUUCCGAGUGCGGAAUAGCCAAGGUUAUGGUCGAGAUAAACCGGGAGUCGUGAACGGCCUGAUAAGGAAACGAACCGACGGCUUGAGUUUGUGUCGAGUACGCGGCUGGCUCUGGGCCCGCUCGGACGCGACCCUGCCGCGGGGCUCAAUUUGUGAAAUUCAUUAUUGUUAUCGGUGACUAAUAUUAGCUAAGUUUUGCUAUCAAUUAGAGCAUCAAGUAGUUCACUGUGAUGUAAAUAUUAGUAUCAUUAUCAUUCCAACAGAGAGAACGAGGAUAAAAAAAUUCAUGAAAAGCAUUUGGAUACUUUUCUGGGUGACUAAGAGACGCAGAAAGUGCGGGAAAAGUUGAGUGAUGAUAAUUGUGGCGACAGACCACAAGUAUAAUCAUAGAAACAAUAAUCUAGUGUCAAAGUGUAAUAGUGUUAAAUAAUAACUACCAUUAUUAUUAUUAUUAUUCUUACUAUAAGCUCGUUGCAUUGAACAAUCUCUCAAACAAACAAUUAUCAACAGUGACAAUUUUUCAGUUGAAUUGAUUAGUCUAGUGCUUCAGAGUUUUACAGAAACUCCAACAAAAACAUUUGAGCUAUUGUGAAAAUACAUUUUAGUUGAAAGGAAAUCAAUUCAUCUCAGGAGUAUCAAAGUGAUCAUUGAAAAAGGUGUUACAAUAAUAAUUAUAAUAGUUGGAGUAUCAGUAAGAAGGAGGUCUAGUGAAUAAAAUUAAAGCCAAGCUUUAGACUGGAGCUGUACUUGCCAUACGCACCACUGCCGGGGGGUGGAGGAAUCCUCCCGGCGGUGUCAAGUGGCGUCGGAAGCGGUGGUUGUCGACCGGUUCUCUUAGGCGGCGUCGAUCUUUCAAUGUCAGCAGCAGUACAACCAGCAUCAAAUGCGGGCCCUCAAGCCCACAAUACUCUACACCCACCAGGAUCACUUGGGGCCUUGCCACCCCUCACAAACGGACCUGUACUCAUGCCAAGGCCCCCACCAACAUCAAUACCACCACUUGGACCUUCUAUUCCGUCGGCACAUCAGGAAGGUGCUGAUCUCACUGAUGCACCUCCCACUCCAGACUUUGUACGUGCUCUUCUUGCUCGCAAUAAACUUCUCGAACAAUGUGGACGUGAUACUCCAAGUAGUCCUCCAAUCAAAACUGAACCAUCAAUUCCCAAGUGUGCCGGCUGUCAAGAAGUCAUUUUGGACAGGUUUGUGUUGAGAGUGUUGGAAAGAAGCUGGCAUGCAAACUGCCUCAAGUGUCAUGAUUGCGGCAUCAGGUUGUCAAAUAAGUGCUUUGCGAGAAAUGGCCAUGUGUUUUGCAAGGAGGAUUUUGUCAAGAGGUUUGGGACCAAAUGUGCGGGCUGUGGCCAAGUUCUCGCACCUUCACAAGUUGUUCGGAAAGCUCAGGAUUAUAUUUAUCAUCUUCCCUGUUUCUCCUGUGCAAUGUGUUCAAGACAACUGGAUACUGGAGAUGAAUUCUACCUGAUGGAAGAUCGUAAACUUGUUUGCAAACCUGAUUAUGAGCAGGCGAAAGCUAAAGAAUUAGCUGAUGGAGGAAGUAUAGACGGUGAUCAACCAAACAAAAGGCCAAGGACGACUAUUUCAGCAAAACAACUAGAUACAUUGAAACUUGCUUAUAAUAAUAGUCCUAAACCUGCAAGGCAUGUAAGAGAGGAAUUAUCCAGAGACACUGGUCUGGACAUGCGAGUUGUUCAAGUAUGGUUUCAAAAUAGGAGAGCAAAAGAAAAGAGACUGAAAAAGGACGCUGGUAGAACGAGAUGGUCUCAAUAUUUCCGAAAUAGGACAAGUGGAGGAGGACAUUCACCAAGGCAUGAUAAGCUUCUGGAUAAAGAUGAACUCAAAGUAGAUAUGGACUCUUCGUUUAACCACGACCUAAGCAAUGACAGCUAUGGUACAGUAGUGAACAUGGGUCUUGAUGUUGAGGGAGCUAGUCCAGGUGGAGGUGGAGCAAAUGGGGGAGGUGGACCUCCACGAGGAUACUUGGGUGCUACAACUCCUCCUUAUCUCUCAACGUCCAGAUCGCCGUCCUUGCCACCACAAUUCCCCUAUCCCCCAGACGCUGGAUUAUCCGUUUACACGACACUUGGUGGACCGGGUGGAAUGGUACCAGGACCUGCGUCAGAUUUAAGCAACGAAUCAAGUGGAGGUGGUGCAGGUGGUGGUGGACCAGGUGGCUAUCCAGAUUUUCCACCAUCACCUGAUUCAUGGCUUGGAGAAACACCUCAGCAUCCGCACCAUCAUGCUCACUACGCCACAUAACCCAUUAAAACAUGAGAAAAAAUGCGAAUAUCGUCUAGAACGAUUUUUUAUAAAUAAAAACUGUACAUUGUUGAAUUCUAGACGGUGAUUGAGACCGUCCCUGUAUCAAGUCCUGAAGUAAUCAGGAUGAAAAGAGAAAAAAUAAAGGAGAAAACAACAAAAUUUUAAUUAUAGUUACUAUAAUUGCAGACGUAAUAUUCGCAUUGAUAUUAUAAUUAUAGAUAAUAUAUUUAUGUACAAGGUUAUUGUUCCCUAUUGCGUAGAGACAAUUGAUUUAAUAUAGAAAAUAGUUUAUGGAUGACAUGAGUUCUACUAAAAAAAAAUGUCCUGGAUUGUAUGCAAAAAUCAUCGCUCUUGACGCUUAUGUUAAGCUAGGAUCUCGAAGUGACAUAUAAAUAAUUUAUUUAAGAUAUUGUAACUAAAUUAUCGCGUUUUACGUGAAGAUUAACACUGUCCGAUUAACUUUAAUGGAUGAAACAAAUUAUUGAGAAUGAUUGUAAUGACAAAAAGGAGUAAAUUAUUAUAGAUAAAUUUUUGACAAUGAUGAUGAUGACAUUUAGAGUCCAGUUUUUUCUGUUAUGUAAUUUAUUAAAUUUUUUCCACAGUGUGAAUCACGUGAUAUCUUUUAGACGCACAAUAGAGCACAAAGUUUUCAAUUAUUUUAGUUGAAAUCAAUUAUGAUAGAUGUACAUACAUUUGGAGUAAUUUAUUUAUAAAAUUGUGCUGUUAAUGAAUUAUUAUUCGGAUAUUAAUGUGCUCGAAAUGCGUGUGCAAUGUAAAGAAAUAAAUAAGAGUCACAAUUAAGUGAUAAUUUGUAUAUUCUCGUUUGCCAUUUUAGUUUUUAAUUUACCAAUUAAGUCGCUCAUGUAGAGAACAAAUUGAUGACAAAGUGGAGAGAUGAAAAAAAAAUAGUUGUGUAAUGUGUAAAAAAGAAAUAAGAAAUAUGAAAAUUAUUUGGCACUUGCCAAAAUUUAUAAAAGAAAAAUCCGCACAUGAUUCGCAGUGUUCGCAAUUUAACCAAAAUCAGUUAUUACGAAUCUUUAUAUUAUUAUCUAGUCAUCAAGUGAUAAUAAAAAAAAUUUAUCAUAA